AUGCCCUCACGCGCGGAAGAUUUGCAGGAGCUCCUGCAGUACAUGGCGCCCGGCAGCACUGUUGAUGACAUUGUCGGUGGAGGCGAUAGCGAUGAGGACGUGUCGACGUACGACAUUGUGCAGGGGAAGCACGCGGCAACUUCACGGGUGGUGCUGGGGGCUGCACCCGGCAAUAAUGCACAGCGUGAGACGACAUCCAUAAGCAAAAUGCAGCCAGCGCAGCACACCACUACCCAUGCGAGCGUCCUUCGGCGAAUACGUGUGGAUGACUUUUAUGCGGAUGUCUCUUCUUUUGCAGGGGGGUCGGGUGGCGCGAGCGUGGCAAAUCAGCGGGUGCUAAACGACCUACGGGAAAUGACAAUGUCAAAUCGCCUCAUGACAAUGCAGUCUUCGAGGGAGGUGGACCGGUCAGAGCGUGCCACUGUGGAGAACGUCAUGGAUCCACGGACGCGUCUUAUUCUCUACAAACUUGUCAACAGUGGCCAACUGAAGGAGAUUAACGGCUGUGUGUCUACGGGAAAGGAGGCCAAUGUUUACUACGCCAUCGCAGGGGACGGGAGUGAUGCGGCGGUGAAGGUGUUCAAAACUUCGAUUCUUGUAUUUAGGGACCGUGAAAAAUACGUCGCUGGAGAGUUUCGCUUCCAGAGGUACUGCAAGAGCAACCCACGAAAGAUGGUGCGAACAUGGGCGGAGAAGGAGGCGCGUAACUUAAAUCGGUUGCAGGACGGUGGAGUGUUGGCGCCCGCCGUGAAGUUGUUACGCCAACAAUGUGCUCAUCAUGGAGUUUCUCGGCGAGGACGGCU